AUGGACCAGGGUGGCCUCUCAGAUCCUCUCAAUCUUCUCUUUUAGUUGUUCCACAGAGCAGAACAAAAAGAUAUUUUAUUGUCUGUUUUAGUCUAUAAAAGUUUAAUAACUUUUAUUUUUCUUGUCCUGAUGUAAAGCACUUUGAGCUGCUAUUUCAUUUGUAUUAUUAGUGCCAUAUAAAAAAAAACUUUGAUUGAUUGAUUGACUGAAUAUCUUUAUGAAGGUUUCAAAACAAGUUAAUUCUGGCAUAUUCUUUUGCAUUGCAUCGAAAAUUAGAAUUUGCUGCUUCGUGUUUUAUAGUUGUAAAUAAAGAAUUCAUGAGCUUGUGUCUGCUGAAAAAUUUCAGCUUGGGAAUUUUUCCCCCUCAAAAAAAAAAAAAAUCAAUGUCAUGCUUGUUAAGACAAGAAAAUCUUGAACCCUGAAUCCAAACUCUUGCACAAUCCCAGUCACAAAGUCAAUGUCUGCAACUAUCUGAAGUAAAACAACAAACCCUCUGGUACUUUAAAGGUUGAUAUCUGGGUCAAUGACAUAUAAGGUUUUUAAACAUGCCAAUUUUAAAACAGCAAAAAUAAGGAUAUAUUUUGCAAAAGUUCAAAUACUAAGGAUGUUGUUUAUACAAAAAUUAAUGUUAAAUUUUUAAAUUAUGCAUUUUUAGUGCUUUUUCAUAUAGAUGAAUUGCCCGUAGCCUUAAAAAAUAUCAUGUGGUGUGACCAUAAUUUAUCUCAAAAUUAUUACAUUUUUUUAACAUACUUAAUAGUUUUUUACAAAUUGUCGGUAAUAUCAAGUAGAUGGAAACAAAGUGUUCGCAUUUCAUUUGAGUUUUUGUAAAUAAUGAUCUCACAUUUUAGCUCUAUAAUGUCACAGUCACUAAAUUAAAUGUAGUUAACUGGCUAAUUUUUUCUUUAAAUUGAAUAAUAAUGAUAAAAAAAAUGUUUUAAAACUACCUGUCACUUAAGUAUAUUGUAUCAGGUAUUAAUGUUUCAGUUAGAGAAAUUAGAUAUUUUAGUUUGUCUUUAAUACAAUUAAUGUUAUUAUUGGUCGCACCACAUGAUAUUUUGACACUUUUGAAGUUCAGAAAAAUUACAAAUAAGACCUGAUUUUUUAAAAGUUGAAGUGACUACAUAUAUGAGAGAGAUACUACAUAUAGAAAGUAUAUUUUUGUGCAUUUAAACCUUUUCCAUUUUAAAAAAGUACAGCCGGACAGAAUAUUUAGGCGUCACGUCAUUGACCCAUCUGUUUAGAUCAGAGGUGUCAAACUCAACCACAGCAAGGGUCAUAAUCUGGGUUUAAAUCUAACCUGAGGGCCAAACAGGGUCAACAUUUAACCCAAACUGUCAGCCUCCUUUUCAAUAACAAAAUCAGCAAUGAUUAUAAAGCACUUGGAAAUUCAUAAAGUAAAUAAGAUAAAUGUAAAGGCAAUCAAUAGAUGAGUUCAAAAGAUCAGAACACAGUAGUAAAAAUAGAAAAAAAUCCUUUUAAAGAGCGUAGACAUGAGGAGAAAGUUGAAAUCAAGAGUUUAAAGUCAAAAUACGACUUAAAAUUUAAAAUUGGAAUCUAAAUGAUUAAAAUGACAUAAAUCUAAAUACUGAGUUGAAAAAAAUCAAAGCACAAAAUAAAAAGUCAAAUCAUAUUUCACUUGUAAUCCUGAGAUGCAAAAUUGGAAAUAUGGAAAAAACACAAUUUCCCCCCCAUAUUCUUGACUAUUUAUCAAAUCUUCCUUACUCUUCAAUUUCCCAGAUUUUAGUGGUUUAUUAAGGACAUUUUAAAUAAUAGUGCUAAAGUUUACAUUAUUAUAUUGGCGGAAAUCUGCAGACUUCAUACUGGUGGGCCAAUACAAAUAUGAUAUGAUCUUGUGGGCCACAUAUAAUUGUUCUACGGGCCAGAUUUGCCCCUCGGGCCUUGAAUUUGACACCUGUGGUUUAGAUAAACUAAUAGUUAAGCUAAUACUUUGAUCUAAGAUGGCCGAAACAAUUCACUAAAUCGGUGGGAAACGCUGUUUAAAUCCAAAUUAAACUCUUUUAGUUGAUUAUUUGUAAAACAAGGACAACACAACGCCAUACAAAUCAAGUUAAGGGCCUACAGUCAAACUAAAUGAAGGAUUCAAGGGUUUAAAUUCCCCAAAUAUGACAAAAAAUCAAACAUUAGUUUGUUUUUGUCGGAAACUCACCUCACCUGAGAGUUAGCUUCUGUCGCCACCACGCGGGAGUACGCCGUGUCUGUAGUCGUCAUACGUCACGGACAAUCGACUUGAGCGACGUGUGAGACAGCCAAUAGCUGACCACGCUGUAUGAGCCGCUGUCCAAUCAUUUAAGUCGAUCGGUAACCGGUGCGGGGUCUGACAGUAGCAUUACCCUGUGGAUUGCAACGUGUAUUUCCGACGACCAAAGGUAAAGAAGCUCAAACUUUCUCUUUAAAGUGUCAUAAAGUUAUAAGUUUUGAUACUGUAGAGGCACAGGAAAAGGUACUCUCUCACUCGAGUUAAUUUUGUUCGUGUUUUUGUCGUGUGUUGAGUUUUUAUCACAGUAAGAUCAUGAGCAAACAUGCUAACAUUAGCCUCCUGACUAAGUUGUUAUCAGUAUAAUGUAGCAGCUGCUCAGGAGACUUGAUCCUUGUUAGUAAGGUUUUAACUUCCUUCUUACCUGUCACGGUUGUUUUUGACUCAUUCCCACGCAGACUUGACUGAAUCAUUGUACAAUGGGUCGCCGCAAGUCCAAGAGAAAGCCCCCUACCAAGAAGAAGAUGACCGGGGAUUUGGACUCGCAGUUCACCUGUCCCUUCUGCAACCACGAGAAGUCCUGCGAUGUCAAAAUGUAGGUGAAAUAUCACUCAUUACCUAUCCCAGAACAACUGCAAAAACUUUAGGACUUAUGUUUUGGUCAUGCACACCCCUCAACGACCACUGGAGACAGAUAUUCGAUGUGGUUUCUAAAAUUUGUGGUCAGACUAUAACACCUCACUAUCACUCAGCCAUUUUCGGCGUAAUACCUCAAGUUUGCAGGCAAAUGCUCCUGAAUUUGCUUCCCUGCUUGCACGCAGACUCAUACUCUUUAAUUGGAACGCAAACUCAACCUAGGCCUUGGCGAUUUGGCAAAAAAAAAAGUGAUCACGAUAUAUUUUGUCAUAUCGUCCGAUCUCGAUUAUUAUCACGAGUUUUUUUUAACUGCCUGUUUUAAAGCAUCUGUACUAAAAACUAAAGAAACUAGAGAUUAGCUCAACAUUUUAUUAACAUACAAAGUAAAUAGAGUAAACUGAAUAAGAUAGAAAAAUAGUAAAACCAUUUUAAUUCAACAGUACGACAAAUGUUGAUAAAUACUAGAUAAUACAGUGAAUUAGUUUACAGUUCUGAGUGUUUUUGCAGGUACGCAAGACCCAAAAUAAACAAAUCGCCCCCUCAGAGAUAAUGAGGACGCCUUAAAAUGUAAUCAUUAGAUGAUGUAAACAUAAAUGAUACGAUUAAUCGCUGUCUAGGUCUGGUGGCUGCACUGCUAAUUGUGGCUAAACUUCUAAUGCUACUCGUGCCGUCAGCAGUGGCAGGUUAUACAGACUCUGCUCACAUUUUCAUGCUUUCCGCAUAAUCAUUGGGGAGGAACUUCUUCAAAUGAUUAAACAGAUUUGUUGUGUAGCCGGUUUUUGAGGGCACCGAUCAUCGACAUACCUUGCUCAUCGGCUUAAUUACUCGACAUCACUUUGGACAUACCCGAACCAAGGCACCGCCACACAACUGACGUUGAAUAACUUCUCAACAAUAACAUCUUUGGAGGAUGACUCAAAGUCACAGCUGACAACUAUCUUGCUGCCCUCAGCUCCGUGUUUAUCUCCAUGUUCGGUCAUUCUGCUUACUUCUCCUUUUUACUCCUUCUUACAGAAGUGAGCAAGAAAAGCUCGACUCUGAUUGGCUGUUCAGAUGCACAUUUCCUCUAUGUUUGAUUGAGUAAAUAUACUCUCAUAUAGUGCUGGGCGAUAGGACGAUAGAUAUCGUGGGCACGAUAGAAAAUGUCUAUCGUGCCAUUUCUAUUUUUAUCGUUUCGAGCGAUAGGCUGUAUUUUAUCCAUAGGGCUUGUGCCGUCAGAUGAUUCAUAGUAACAACAACAAUAAUUGCACAUUCAGUAAGUGUAUUUGGUGUCAAACGGGAAAGAAAACAAUAUUUUCUUACAAAGAAAAGGAUGCGUCGACAUGUAGGCUCGCAUUUCUCUUUCGAUUUUGCGACAUGACGCCGCUUUACGUGCCCUCUUCGUGUCCAGCGUCUCCCGCCGUUGCGGGUUACCUGGGUGACACACUUGAGGGGAUCAUUUUAAGCAGUGCUUAAUUUGUGCCGGAGAAAGUCGGAGCGCGCUCCGGGACCUCUUUUAAUCGGAUCCGGGACCUAUUUCAGCCGCUCCGGCACCUGUUUCAUCUGCUCCGGGACCUUCCCUGUAGAGGAUGACAUUUUUCGGGAAUUCCCGUGGGUCACGUGAUUCCCGCGGGAAUCCCACGGGAUGGGAGUAAUUUUUUAAUUAAUCCCUUGAUUGGGACGGGACGGGAAAAAAAAGCAACAGGAGUGGGCAGGAGCGAGAACAACAUCAAUAGAUGAUCAAUUUCAGACGUGUUAAACAACCAGAUGAACAGGAGCGUCCAUUUUUGUAGUCAUCUCUCAGUGAGAGCCAACACUCUUGACCGCGCUAGCAACACAAAAGAACUACAACAGUGGUUUGGCUUCCUGUCAGUUGGGAGCGCGGCUGCGCAUUUCAAUCCUUCAAGCCAGGAGCGAGGAAACGUAAUUUUGUGACAUUCUGUAGUUUUUCAAUCAGUUCUGGAGUCGUGGCGAAUCAAAUCACCUUACCUGUCUGCCCCUGAUAGGCGAAUAAAGCGCUCGGAUUCAUGCUCGGGUCUUGCUACGUGCUUCAAGAGUAAAGUAAACAAUGAUGGAGGCAGAGAGCAGCUUUGGAGGAGAAACAUCUAGCAGUGUGAACAACCUCUUCAAAAGAGCCCUAAAGACCUACCUUUUUAAUAAAGCCUUUGGUUAGUUUUCCUCUAUGCUUUUACUACCUUGCCUCUUACAUUGCAACUCUAUAUUCUUUAUUUUUUUUAUUCUUUUAUGCUUUUUAAUGCCAAUCUGUGACUGUCAUUCUAUUGCUUUUUUAUUGUUGCUGCUCUUUUUUUACUGUAGUACUGUAGCAGAUUUUUUGUAAAUGUAAAGUGCAUUACAAAUUAAAUUUAUUAUUAUUAUUAUUAUUAUUAUUAUGGAGUGCUUUGGCUCACACUAUCAGCGUUUUCUGUGAGUGUUGCAUAACUUUGGGUUAGCACAGACAUGAACGCACUACAGCCAUGUAUUUAUUUAUUCAUUUUUCUAGUUUUAAGUGCUGGUCUUGUACUGGCACUGUACUAGGGCAGCUGUAUACACUUUAAUUUUUCAUAGAACUGAAAGCAUACCAUAGCUAUAUCGUGAUAUAUAUCGUUAUCAUGAUAUAAAAUGAUCCAUAUCGUGAUAUACAUUUUUUUCCAUAUCACCCAGCACUACUCUCAUAUACUCUCAGCAGAUCAGCGUGAUCGAACUGAAAUUUAUCACAAUCAUCAAUCAUGAUCAUAUAAUCGCCCAGUCCUAACUCAGCCCCUUAAUUUCUACACUGGUUGAGGGAUGUUCUAUCAUUUCUACCUUUAGAGAAACUGAGAUACAAAAUAUGUAAAACCCACAGAAACUUCACCCUUCCCUGGAGUAUUGGACAGUUACAACCAUUGUAAAACAUGCUCAAAACAUCAAUUUCCUGAAGUUAGGAGAAGAGGUCACUGUCUGACUAUUUUUGUAUUUUUGUUUUUGUAAUUUUCUGUUUAAUUUCUUUUUUGUUCAAGAGCCUUGGGGGAGGGGCAUUAUGUUUGGGCGCUGUAUGUCUGUUAAUAGAAAACUGCAGAAUAAAGUCUUAAAAAAACUUCAUUUUUUUGUGUCAGAGGAUAUCUAAAUGCAAACUCUUUUGCAUGUGUUUUUGUCAACAGGGAGAGGAGCAGAAAUACUGGGAUAAUAUCCUGCACCGUCUGCCUGGAGGAGUUCCAGACCCCCAUCACCUGUAUCCUUACUCAUAUAUGCAAAUAUCACUGCUUUAUUGUUCUACUAUAGCCAAACAACGAAUCAUAAUCAUCUGUUAGCCACCUUAUUUUACAGAUACAGUACAACUAUACAUUUUUUUCAAAGCAACAAAUUAUUCUAAACAGUGUGUCUGCUUAAAGGUAUAUUCCGGCGUUAAAUUAAUGUAUUAUUAAUUAAUUUAUUUAUUAAUUUAGGCCAAUUUAUAGCCACAAAUAAUGCUCAGAACAACACCUAACUAUAUCAACAGUACAUAUAGGGUCCUAGCCACAGCACUAGCCACCAAACAUCUUUUUUUUUCUUUUUUGAAAAUAUUUUUAUUGAACAUUAAGCAUCACAUUUUUAUCAAACAGUGCAUACUUAUUUAUUUUUUUCAUUAACACCCAGUCCCCAAAACAAAAACAAAUUCCAGCUCAAUCACAGCACAGUCCUGCAUAAAGAAGUAGAGUAUCAGAAUGUUGAAACCUUGAGCUGUGUCACCCUGCUGUACUUCGUAAUAUAAUAACAGACUUCAGGAGUCCACCAGGAAUGCUUGUCGGAUAGAAAAGCUUCAGCACCCUGAAAUAGUUUUCUGAUGCCAGGAUCAGGAGGUCUUGUCUGUGCAUUGAUGUAACUAAAUGAAAGCAGCAUCUUCAUUGUCAAACAGCCACUGAUGUAGAGUGUGAAACACCUAUCUGCGGCCAUGUGGUGAUCAGAGAGCAGCAAGAGAUUGAACUUAUAGUCCGAGAGCUUUUAACCAUUCUGUACACAAGUAUUCCUGUCACUUUUCAUGUAAAACUUCACUAUAACCCUAGAAUUAUCUUAGUUCUUGAAGGAAACUGAGCUGAAUUUACUCAGUUGUCAUGGAGGUAGCUCAGACUACACCCAGAUGCCGUUUAAACUAUAAAAUUGUGUUUUCCUUUCAAAAGGGCUUGUACCUAUCUGUUUAAACCUGGCUCUUUGUUGACACAAACUGUGUAUUUGAGGCAGCUCAUGUUGUUUCAGAUGCUAAAAAGACUAAAAUUGCUUACAAAAGACUUCUCUGGCAAAGAGCAGAUGAUGUUUUACUUAUUGAAAGUUUAUGAACAAACCUCUAUCACCGACUUCUGCAUAGACACGGAGUUAUGAUCCUAUCUAGACUUUACUUUUUUUUUUUUUAACUCAGAUAAGUAGUUAGCAGUAGUUCCAACUUAUUCUGCAAAGUUGUAUCUGAGCGAGCAACAGACUAGAUUUCUAUUGAUAGUCAGCCUGACUCAUUAUUACAUAAUCAGAGUUUCUUUGAAAAAACUCACUAUUGACAGGACAAAAACAAAGAGAAAAACACGCGUAUGGAACUGGUUUAAUGUAUAAAUACUUUCAGUUUGUAUCAUAUGACUGAAUAUGGUUGGUUCUUUUCAUGGUUCUAGUUUCAUAGUUCUUUUCAGAGUUAAUAAGGUCCUUAUCAAGAGUCCCUUGCUGUUGUAGUUCUCAGCUUUGUGAAUCCUAAAGUGAUCUAGGGCGUUUGCCAUUAAAAGACAGUCUUCUAUCAGUCAAACAUGAAGAGGAGGCACGUCCUCCAAUCACCUGUUAAACAGUGCGUCAGAGUUGCCAAACUAAAGUCGUGUGACGCAAAAUCAUAACAAAAAACUCCCAUUUCAAAGGAAGAAGCUCCAGUGUAUUAAUAUUUGACUUGGAUGUGUUUGAAGCUGUCUCAAAUGGUGUUUAGAUGAGUCAGUUUUAGAGACUGAACUAUGAGUUAAGAUUGUUUAGGACAAUUAGUCAACUUCUUCUUCCAUGACGCUUGUCAAAUUGACAAAAUUAAUAGGCGAUAUUGUUGUUUGAAUAAAUAACAACAUCAACAGCUCUUUGACUCAAAAGAGGAAUAGAGAAAUAAGAUAGACUGAUAUGCGCUCAAGUUUACACAAAAUAAAGUCAAGGUGCUGUACACAAAAAUCUGAAAAUGGGAACAAUACAAGUCACAGAGCUACCUGUUUCACUUUUUUCACAUAAAGGAUCCAUUUAUUCAGCUUCUUAAAAACAAACAAACGAAGUUAAAGGCUUUAUGUCUCAAAGAGUGCCUCGUUCUGUUUUCUCUGGGGAAAUAUAUUGUUAUUUACACAAUAGUGAAAAAAGGUGGAACAGGACAUGCUUUCUUAAUUGAGCUGUGCCUCCACAAUCUUCCCUCUGAUACAAGAAAUAAAAGAAAUUAAAAUCGGAUUGUUUUCAGCUCAUCCAAUCCGUUUUAAACAACUGACCAAGUUUUAGCAUUUUGUUUUUAUUAAUCUACUACUAUCAUACAUUUACAUAACUUCUUACUUUUAAUCAACAGAGUUCCUUUUCUCCUUAACCCCUCACUCCUCAGACCUGUCAGAGCCGGUUGA